UGCAAGGACAAAGGCUUUUGUGUUAUCAUGUUGUGAUAAAUGCACUGUAGCUAGCUAGCUUGGAAGCUAGAAUUCAGUGUGUCUGUAUCAAAUACUAUAAAAUAUAAAACUUAACUCUUCAGAAUAGAUAGCAGCAAAAAUGUGGAGGCUUCUCACACAGAGCAAGGUAAAGUCAUUGCAGACACACAUCAGCCUCAAAGCCCCUGUGAGGAGGUAUAGUGGACUGAAGACUGAGAGGAAGAUUGCAGCAGUAAGGGGAGACCUUGCUAACAGCAGGAGGAUUGUUGUCAAGUUGGGAUCAGCUGUGAUUACUAGGGACGAUGAGUGUGGAAUUGCCCUAGGGAGACUAGCAAGUAUAAUUGAGCAGGUGUCAUGGCUACACAAUCGUGGCAAAGAUGUGGUAGUAGUGACCAGUGGUGCAGUGGCCAUUGGAAAGCAGAGUAUGAGACAAGAAAAGCAGUUGUCCCGAAGUGUGAGACACGCACUUCUGAACUCUCGUGAGACCACCUACUCAGAGGGGGAGGACUUGGAACCCAGGGCAUGUGCUGCAUCAGGGCAGGUCGGACUCAUGACGCUCUAUGAGACCAUGUUUGCCCAGUAUGGAAUCAGCUGUGCUCAGGUACUAAUCACCUCCAACGAUCUGACCCAUGGCAGCAGUCAAAGGAAUUUGCUCAACACAAUGAAUGCCCUUCUGAGCAUGAAAGUGGUCCCUGUACUCAAUGGCAACGAUGUGGUAGCACCUACCCCCCAGAUUGGUAGUGACCUGGAAAAUGUAAGCGAGGUCCUAAGCAUACCAGACAAUGACCAGCUGGCGGCUCAGGUUUCCACGGCAAUGAAUGCAGACCUCCUAGUGCUGUUAUCAGAUGUGGAUGGACUGUACACCGGUCCACCCAGUGACCCCAGCUCACGACUUAUUCAGACUUAUUACCCUGAGCAUGCCAACAACGAGGUCAAGUUUGGAGGCAAGUCCAGAGUGGGCCGAGGAGGAAUGGAGUCAAAGUUACAGUCAGCUGUGAGGGCAGUGGAGGGAGAGACAGCUGUUGUCAUUGCCAAUGGGAUGAGACAAGGGGAGACUAUUCUGGACAUUGUCCAAGGAAAACCUGUCGGCACCUUUAUUACGAGGAAUGGACACAUUGAGUUAGCAACCAGUGGUGCUGUUUUGGCAGAUGAAGCUCGUGAUGGAAGCUAUGCUCUCCAAGCACUCUCCUCAGACCAGAGAGCCGCUAUUCUUCACCGUCUAGCAGACCUGGUGAUGGAGAGAGAGCAGGAAAUUAUCACUGCCAACCAGAAGGACAUCAAAGAAGCCAUUGACCUUGCAGAUGCUCUCAAAUCUCGACUCAAGCUUACUCACGAGAAACUGGAGAGCCUCUCAGAUGGACUACAACAGCUGGCUGAGGCAGUUGUCAAUGGCGACCACGUUGGUCAAGUGAUCAGACGAACACUGGUGGGAAAGGAGCUGGUGUUGGAGCAGCAGAAAGUGCCCAUUGGAGUGCUUCUGGUCAUCUUUGAGUCCAGGCCAGACUGUCUCAUUCAGGUUGCAGGUCUGUCAGUGGCCACAGCGAAUGGUCUCCUCCUCAAGGGUGGUAAAGAGGCCAAGCAUAGCAACAGAUACCUUCAUAGUUUGGUCCAGGAGGCUCUCUCACUGCAUGUGCCCAAAGGAGCGGUUGGAUUGGUUGACAGCAGAGAGGAAGUGAGUGAGUUGCUCUCGCUACAUAACCAAAUCGACCUGGUCAUCCCAAGGGGAGGAAACAGUCUUGUACGAAGUAUCUUGGAGCAGGUGCAGGGCAAGAUCCCCGUCCUGGGUCACGCUGACGGAAUCUGUCAUGUUUACUUGGACAAAGACGCUGAUCUCAACAAAGCACUCAAUGUUGUGGUGGACUCCAAAUGUGACUACCCUGCCGCGUGCAAUGCCGUGGAGACCAUCCUACUACACAAGAGUCUCCUCAACUCCUCCAUCUUCCAGUCGGUGAUAGCCGCCCUGAAAGAGAGAGGUGUUGUCAUCCAUCCUGGCCCUUCACUGAGCUCCACCCUCCCCUUCCACUCGGGACCAGUGCCCUCACUGCACGUUGAGUACGGGGGGCUAGAGUGCAACUUGGAGGUGGUGGACUCUUUGUCUGAUGCAGUACAGCAUAUCAACACUUAUGGCAGCUCACACACUGAUGCCAUUGUCACAGAAAAUGAUGCCACAGCUGAUGAGUUUCUCCGAUGUGUGGACAGUGCGUGUGUGUUUCACAAUGCCAGUACCAGGUUUGCCGAUGGCUAUCGAUUUGGACUGGGGGCUGAGGUGGGAAUCAGCACCGGGCGUAUCCACGCUAGAGGACCGGUGGGUAUUGAAGGACUUCUCACAACAAAAUGGCUACUGAGAGGUGAAGGACAUGCAGUGACAGACUUUGGCCAAGACGGCUCUUGUGUGUACAUACAUCAGCAGCUGGCUACCGACAAGAGCAAGCCAGUCCAUUCUGAAACUGAAGAUCAUUCUAACACAUUGGCCAAUUAGAUCAAAUGAGCGUAUUUUUUAUUUUGUUGUCAUAUUUUUGUACACUCAUUAAUUCACAUGGAUUCAAUCCCCUCAUUUAAUAAUUAGUUUUACAUAAUCAUGUUGUAUAUAGAGAACUGAGUGCAUAAUUAUUAUACAUGUAUACAACAUGAUAUUUAAUGUGUGAUGCCAUAAAUUAAGUGAGGAUAAAAAAAAAAGUUGGAAUUAUACAA